AGGCCCUGCAAGCAGAUCCUAGCAACUUGAUGUUGAGAAUUUACAGAGCUGAAUCAUAUGCUGGUCUCCACGAGUUUAAAACAGCCAUAGAAGAGCUAAAUGUUAUCAUCUCUAAAAUGCCAAAUUGGCCAGAGAUUUACUUCAGAAAAGCAAAAGUGCUGCAUGACGCUGGGUUUGUAGGUGAUGCUUUACAACUGUUACUACAAUGCUUAUCCCUUGAUGAGGAUUUUGUUCCAGCAAAGUUAGAAGUAGAAAAGACAUUGUGUGAUUUGCUGUCACCAGAAAAUGUGAGAGAGAGUUUGAAGGAAUCUGCUUGGACUUCGCCUCAUAUACGAAAUAAAUCUUUUAUGCUUGGUUCUGAGAUGGAAGAGUCUGACUGUAAUUUACAGCUUUGUCCAGAGCAGGAUUUAGGAGUGCCAGAGAUAACAGUGGCGUCUGUCAGAGGAAACUUAAAUCGUGUACAAUCUGCCCAUGCUCUUAACUCAGCAGAAAAGCUUACUAAAGGAGAUGGAUUAAAAAGGGUUUCUUCUGAACCUCUGCUUUCUGGACAAGAAAAAGGUGCUCUCCUAAAAAGGAAGCUUUCCCUUUCAGAACAGGAUUCCACAAUGUGCGAAGAUGGAAGAAGCAAACACAAAAAACAAGGAGAAACUACAAAAAUGGACACUGCAUUUUCUCUGGUUUGUGGAACAGUACCACAGCACUUAAUCGAUGUUGCGGAUUUUGAGUGCUCUUUGUGUAUGAGGUUAUUUUUUGAGCCAGUGACAACUCCUUGUGGUCACACCUUCUGCAAGAAUUGUUUAGAACGCUGUUUAGAUCAUGCACCACAGUGUCCCCUAUGUAAAGAGAGCUUAAAAGAGUAUUUGGCAGUUAGGAAAUAUAGCGUCACAAUACUACUUGAAGAAUUAGUGGUGAAAUAUCUAGCUGAUGAAUUAUCGGAGAGGAAAAGAAUUCAUGAUGAAGAAACUGCUGAACUCUCAGACUUGACCAAGAAUGUUCCAAUGUUUGUUUGCACUAUGGCAUACCCCACUGUGCCUUGCCCUCUUCAUGUGUUUGAGCCAAGAUACCGACUGAUGAUUCGCAGAAGUAUGGAAACUGGGACUAAACAAUUUGGGAUGUGUAUCAGUGAUCUUCAAAACAAUUUUGCAGAUUAUGGUUGUAUGCUGCAUAUUAGGAAUAUUCAUUUCCUACCUGAUGGCCGGUCUGUUGUUGACACGGUUGGUGGAAAGAGAUUUAGAGUUUUACAGAGAGGGAUGAAAGAUGGCUAUUGUACUGCAGACAUUCAAUAUUUGGAAGAUAUUAAGGUUGCAGAUGAAGAAGAGCUGAAGAAACUGAGAGGGCUACAUGAUUUGGUAUACAAUCAGGCCUGUAGCUGGUUCCAAAGCUUGAGAAACAAAUUUCGCAGCCAGAUCCUUCAGCACUUUGGGCCAAUGCCAGAGAGAGAGGAAAAUCUACAGGCACCACCUAAUGGGCCAGCUUGGUGUUGGUGGCUUCUAGCUGUCCUCCCGGUAGACCCCAAGUAUCAGCUCUCAGUUCUCUCAAUGAUGUCUUUGAAAGAACGCCUAAUCAAAAUCCAACAUAUACUCACAUAUUUUUCUAGAGACCAAUCCAAGUGACUAACUGCCUGGAUCUUCCUGAAGAGUUACUUUGUUCUGGUUGUAAUCUCAGCUGGAGUUUUUGCUGCCUUUGCACAUCUUGUGCUGAUUUGAAAAGUGCGAUGAAACUGCUUCCCUUUUCUCCUGAGUUCCCCACCAACUUCCAGAAUUAUCUGGUUCUUCUAAUGGGCACCGUCUACAACUAGGAUAGGCCACUAAAGUUGCGCAUGCAAAUACCAAUCCAGGCACAGAAUCAGUGGAAAAAAUCUACACAAUUUGCACUAUGUAUGAGAGCGUGUGUCAUGCUAAGGCUUUAGAAUUUAUCACCACUGACUUUUAAAGCUGUGAGAAAUGCAAGGCUUAAGGCUGACAGUCCAAGUUUACAGCAUUAAGGAUGCAUUUUGUUGCGAAUAAGAACUUGCCUCAGAUACAACUGUCCUUUUGCUAUUUGCACAAAUAUUUGAAAUACUGAAUGUUGCUAUUGUAAAACUGUCUUGAGUAUGGCACAGAUUCUUAAUUAUCUUAUUUGAAUCAUAGAACAAGUGAUGUAUUAUAUGAUGAAAUUAGAGAGUUUUAAGGAACAAUUGCAAAAAAAGAUGAAUAUGGUACUUCUGUCAAAGAUAAUUAAACUGUGAAUAUGGCUUAUAUACCUAUAACUGCAUGUUUUAAAGGGAAAAUUGAAAACAAAUUUAGUACCAGUUAAAAUUUUAUUGGGCUUUUCUGACUGGUGGUUCUUCUGGGCACUUCAGUAGUUUAUAGAGCUUCUAACAAAAAAAGCUUUAGUAUAAUGUACUAAGAACUGUGCAUUGAGACUUUUUUUGAAGAGACAAGCUUAGACUGAUUUUUAAAAUGUUUAUUCAUUUUUGGUGCCUCUAUGCCUUAUUCAUGUUACUGGUAGAGCCCACUUUUGUAAUUAUCUGUUUGUUGCAUAUUUGUGUCUGACAUGUUAGCUUUCUUGUAUGUAAAUAAUUUGUAAAAUAUUUCUUACAAAUCUUGCUUUUGCUAAUAUAUUGAAUUUUCAAGAAAAGCUACGUUUGCACUACGUUUGCAAUAUUUUGUAACAACUAAAUGUUAGUUUUAUAAAAAUGUUUUCGUACAUUUCCGUUUGAGGGCAUCUAACACAAAGCAAGAAGCAUGUUAACCUAGAUCAGGGUUGCAAGCACAUCUUGGACAUGAUUGUGGUAUGCACAUUGAUUUCCUGUCAUCAGUUCCUAUUCUUAGAGGGGUUGCUGUGUUUGUCAGUGACUUAAAAAAAAAAAAAA